AUGGCAUCUGUACGGUCUCAUACCGCAGAUGAAAUUGUACAGAUGAUGAACCGUACACCAUUGUUUAUGACUUCCCUUGAAAGCGCCGAAGGCGAAGACGGAGAGAAUGUGGAGCUUGAUGCUCUUCGAGCACUACAAUACGAAGGCACUCCAGCCGAGAUCGCCCAAGGCUUCAAAGAGCAGGGAAACGAGGUGGUCAAAAUGAAGCGGUGGAAGGAUGGGAAAGAGUACUAUACCAAGGGUCUUGCUGUGCUUGCGCAGAGGAAAAUGGUUCGCUCGCUCAGAUCACCGGAGGAGACUGGGGAGAAGCCUUCAAUUGCAGAAGACGAAGCAGAAAUAAGGAAGCAAAAGGAGCUUGAAGAAGCUUGCUACGUCAACCGAGCGCUUUGCAAUUUGGAGUUGAAAAAUCACCGAUCUACAACCCUCGACUGCGCAUCAGCCCUUCGCCUUAAUCCCAAGAACGUCAAAGCAUACUACCGCUCUUCUCUUGCUCUCUUUGCUCUCGACAAGCUUGCCGAAGCUUCGGACGCCUGUACUCGGGGUCUUACAAUUGACCCUUCAAACGCCGCCUUGAAGGGAUUUGCCACUAAGAUCGAGGCCCGGCACACAUCGCUGAGCGCCAUCGAGCAGAAGAAGCGGGAGCGCGAACAGCGUGCACAGAAAGAAAGGUUCAUGUUAAAGACUGCACUUCGCGCUCGCAACAUCCGCAUGCGCAAUACUGCACAGCCCCCCGAAAUGGAAGACGCAUCUAUUCACCUGUCACCAGAUCCAAUUGCUCCCACCAGCACCUUAAUGUUUCCAGUGGUGCUGCUCUACCCGCUCCACUUGCAAUCGGAUUUCGUUAAAGCCUUUUCGGAAACAGAUACAGUUCCCAACCACUUGGAGUACAUAUUUCCAUUGCCGUGGGAUGAGAAACACGAGUACAUGCUUGGAUCUGUGGAAUUCUACAUGGAGACUGGCAGCGGAGGGUUGAUCAAGGUGGGCAAGAAAGUGAGUCUGGGGAAGGUGCUAGGAAGUGAUGGCAUGGAAAUCGUGGACGGCAUUGUAAGAAUCAAUGUACUGCUCAAGGCGAGAGCAGCUGGAUGGAUCGAGGAGUUGAAAGUCAGGAAAGCUUCUUAA